CGUGGAAUGAAGCAGAGAAAGGAGGUAUCAAUACCUCAUUAUAAACGAAUGAAUUAAGCAGAGGCAUUCAUCUUCUUCAUCCAACAAAGCUUGAAGAUUACUUUAAUGGCAGACAGUUAAGGUGUGAUGGACUUUGAAAGCUAAGGAAACGUUAAGUAUCAGAGGGAAGAAAAAGAAAUGGCAGAGAGUGCUGUGAACUUCUUAAUACAAUACUUGUGGCCUUUGCUGGUGAAUGAAGUGCAGUCGUUGAAGGGGGUCGACGAAGAAGUCCGCGAACUCAUAAAUGAGUUCGAAAGCAUCAGAUCCGUCUUAAGGGAUGCCGACGCAAGACAAGAUACUGAUGAAGGCCUCAAGACAUGGGUGAAACAAAUAAGAGAAGUGGCUUACGACGUUGAGGAUGUUCUUGACGAGUUCAUGCUCGGCCAAGCACAAGAGCAGAACGGCUCCCAUGGAUUCGUCGAUUUUCUUCAUAGACCCAUCAAGCGGUUGAAGGCGCGCCAUCAGAUUGCAUCGUUCCUACGAAAUAUCAAAACCAGAAUCGGUAAGAUUACGGCGAGAAAAGAUGCUUACGCUCUCAAUGGAAUAGAGCAAGGUUCAAGCUCCAACAACAUGAGUGAUCAAUGGUAUGAUCCUCGAUUGAAUGCUCUUUUCAUUGAGGAAGCUGAUCUUGUGGGCAUCGACAGGCCAAGGACUCAGUUGAUCAGAUGGUUAAUGAAUGGAGAUUCGAGACUCUCAACGAUUUCGGUGGUCGGGAUGGGUGGCCUAGGUAAGACCACUCUAGUAAAAAAAGUCUAUGAUAGCCAACAGGUGAAACGACGUUUUGACACAUAUGCUUGGAUCACCGUCUCCCAAUCGUUCAAACCGGAGGAACUGCUUCAAAGAAUGAUAAAGCAAUUCUUCAAGGGGAAGAAAGAUCCAUCUCCACGAGGAUUAGACGCGAUGACACAGGUCGAGAAGAAAGAUCCAUCUCCACAAGAAUUAGACGCGAUGGCACAGGUCGAGCUCAUACAAGAGCUACGGAUUUACUUGCAGAACAAAAGGUAUGUACUUGUUCUUGAUGAUGUAUGGGAGGCAGACGUAUGGAAUUUCGUAAGCAAUGCAUUGCCCACUGGCGAAUAUGGUAGCUGGGUAAUAAUCACCACACGCGAAGAUUAUGUUGCAUCAUCUUCUAAAAUCGGACCCUCCAAUCGCAUCUACAACCUUCAGCCUCUGGAUCCAGAAAAUGCCUGGUCCCUCUUUUGCAGGAAGGCGUUCCAAUCAAACGAGGAGAACAGCUGUCCUCAGGAAUUGGAGAACCUUUCUCAAAGUUUUGUCAAAAAAUGCCAAGGACUGCCUCUUGCGAUUGUCGCAUUGGGUAGUCUGCUGUCAAUGAAGGACAAGACGUAUGUUGCGUGGGAGAUGAUUCACCGUAGCCUUGGAUCAGAGCUUAGAAGCAUGACGAAAAUAUUAUUGCUCAGUUUCAAUGACUUGCCUUACUACCUGAAAUCGUGCUUCUUGUAUUUGACUAUUUUCCCCGAAGACUAUCCGAUUAAGCGUAUGAAACUAAUUCGCCUAUGGAUAGCCGAGGGGUUUGUAGAAAGAAAAGAAGGCAGGUCAAAGGAAGAGGUUGCUGAAGGUUACCUCAAUGAGCUCAUCGCGAGAAAUCUGGUUCACGUGGCAGAACGGAAAUCAUAUGGAAAGGUGAGCACUUGUCGCAUCCAUGAUCUUGUGCGAGAGAUGAUUAUUCCAAAAUUCAGGGAGGAGCAUUUCUUUGCAUCUUCUGUUGAAGAGAACACAAUACCUUGUAACAGAAUCCGGCGUCUGUCCAUUUAUAAAGAUGAGAAUUUUCCAAAAUUUGAUGCCUUCUCCUGCCUUCGCUCGUUGUUCAUUUUUGGUGCGGAAGGACUAUCUAAUGCCCCUGCAAUCACUUCAUUUUCUAGCUUGAGGCUGUUGAAGGUGGUUGAUCUUGAAAAUACGUCCAUUGAAAUCUUUCCUGAUGAUCUAACAAGCUUGUUGCAUUUGAGAUACUUAAGCUUGGAGAAUACAAAGAUCAAGAAGCUUCCUAGUUCGUUGGGGAGGCUAAAGAACUUAGAAACAUUGAAUCUUAAGGGCACUUUCGUAUGUGAAUUGCCGGUUGAGAUUCUCAAGCUCCAGCACCUACGGCACCUUCUGGCUUAUUCCUAUAUGGCAGAGAGCUUUUACAGGCCAUUUAAUAGUGUAGAUGGAAUUAAGGUGCCUGCCGGAAUGGGGAGUAUGAGAUCCCUGCAGAAGUUGGCACAUAUAGAGGCAGAGAGCGGCAUCAUUAGAGAGCUGGGGAAUCUCACCCAACUGAGGAGGUUAGGCAUUAUCAAGCUAAAAAGGGGAGAUGGGAACGAUUUAUGCACUUCCGUCGAGAAGAUGGACUACCUUCAGUCCUUUUCUGUGACAUCAGUGGCUGAGGAGGAGGUUCUCAACCUGCAUUCUUUAUCGCAUCCUCCGCCGCCUCUUCAACGUCUAUACUUGAAAGGGCGUUUGGAGAAGUUGCCUGAAUGGAUUGCCUCGCUUCAUAAUCUGGUCAAUAUUAGUCUGAGAUGGUCCAGAUUGAGGGAUGAUCCACUCAAAGCCCUUCAAUCACUGCCCAAUUUGGUGGAACUCCGACUAAACCAAGCUUAUGAUGGAGAAGAGUUAUGUUGCGAGGGGAGAGGAUAUCCAAGACUUAAGAAAUUAUGGCUCAUUGAUUUGAGCGGGUUGAAGAAUGUGAGGGUGGAGAAGGGAGCAAUGUCUAGCCUUGAAGAGCUAUAUAUUAUACGUUGCAAAGAAUUAGUGGAGGCGCCGUUGUGGCUCGAACACGUCACUAACAUCGAAGAACUCUACGUGCGUGAUACGUCGGAAGCUUUCAUCAAGGGUCUCGAAGAGUUGGUAGAUUCCAUGGUAAAGGUAAAUAUGUUGGAAAUGGGCAGUAAUUAUUUACCUGAGUGA